GUAGAAUUUUUUCGACUCCUGUCGAUUUAUUUAAUAGGGUCCGUAAUUGUGUUUUGUUUUUCCCCCGAUAGUCUGCACGUUUUGAAAUGUUAAGCGUGGAGUCGUUACAGGUGGCUGAGGAGGAGGUGGUUGAAUCAAGCUCCAAUAAACUCGGUGACAUUUACACUUUUGUGGCGAAAGGAAGCUUUCCUCAGACAAUAAGUCCUCUGAGAAAGAAGAAUCUGAAAAGAUACGCUCAGAAGUUUAUCAUUGACGAGGGCAAGCUGUACUAUGUUGGACCCAAGAAAGAGGAAAAGAGGGAGGUGGUGAUCGAGGCCGAGAGGAAGAGGCAGAUUUUCCUCGACUGCCACUUCAACGACAUUGGUCAUCACCUGGGCCAAAAGAAGACCGUCCACAGGAUUCAGAGCAAAUACUACUGGCUGGGGAUCAUCAAGGAUGUCGUGGAUUGGAUCAAAGUAUGCGAGACCUGUCAGCAGACAGAGAGGACUAAAAUCAUGGCACGCACUGUUCGACCCAUCAAAGUGGAUGCACCGUGGGACAUAGUUGGACUCGACAUAUUCGGGCCUUUCCCAGAGACCCAACAAGGCAACACAAGUGUUAUUGUCCUCAUUGAUUAUUUUACUAAGUGGGUGGAGGCGUUUCCAAGGCGAAAUCCUGAUGCACUCUCUGUGGCAAGAUGCAUUUCCAAAUGCAUCUACAGGUUUGGUGCACCUAAAACAAUAGCAUGUGCACAGAAUGCGGACUUCUGUGAUGAGGUGACAAAAUUGCUGUGCGACAGGUGGAGCAUCGGGCAGAAGGUUUCUCCUUUGGAUCACCUCCAACUCAACCCUCUCCACGACUGCACAAGUCCUUUACUGAAAAAAGCCAUCCUGCAGAUGGUCACUGAGAAGCAGGCUGAAUGGGACGACUACCUGGACGCUGUACUGUUUGUGUUCAGAACGUCCACCAAUGCGACCACCAAGUUCACACCGUACUCCCUCAUGUUUAGCAGAAAAGCUAAUUUACCCAAUGAGACAACACUCAGUCUGCUGAGUUGUGACGACCAAGAGUCAGAUAUUUAUUCCACAAAGGAGAAAGCCUCGACACAUAUGGCCAUCAUGCAGGAGCAACAGAAUUCUCUGAAGCAGCUGGUAAUAGCCAAUAUGAAUGCUGCUUACAAACAAGAGAAGAAGAAGAAGAAUGCCAAACGCAAAUCGCAUAACAUGUCCACCAUGAGCUUUAAAAUGACCAGCACGCUGUAUGGAGCAGAGGACUCACUUUCUCCGAAUAAACUGAAGGACAGUUUGUAUUUGUCUUUCCCUGUUGAGACAGUGCUGGCUACGGAGGAGAAUGGCUCCGAGGACAUAAAGACCGAGUUGGUGUAUCACCUGACUGAGCCCGAUGCCCACUGAGGAUUAGGGCAAGUUUGAAAAAAAUGCUGUAACCACGCCACAUCCUGACUGGCUGCUAGGAAGGUUGACAUGCCAGA